CCCACGCGUUGCCGUAUUUGCAGACACAAUUCGUUCGGUUUACUUCUCAGACUGUUAAUCAAUGAGUCAAAUACUGAUUUAGACUUGACUCAAUCUCCUCCUUCAUCAAUUCACAUCGCCAAAAUACAGAUUCCGCCGAUUAAUUCUUGCGAUUCUUGGAUUCCUCGGGUGAUCAAUUUUUCCAGAACCGGAUAGAUAUGAACUUUCCCUAAUUUUGAAUGGAAACCCUAACCCUAGAUUUCAUUUUUUCUAUUAGAUCUUCAUCUUCUGCUCUUCUUCAAUUCCAGUUGUGUCUUUUCUUUUCCGGAGGGUGAGCGAUCAAAGCCCCUUAUAAUCUUCGCCGGGUCGUUGAGUUUUGUUGAUUUGAAGACGGUUAGGUGAGUUGGUGGCCCUAACUAUUUAUGGUUUGCAUGAAUUUGAAACGUAAUUGAGAUUGUAUUGGUUUAGGAUUAUAGUACAGAAUUGGGUUUGGCGAGAAAAAUAUGAAAGAAGGAACCGAUAAUCUUUUUAGCAGUUUAUAGAUUGUAUAUAUACUUGUUUAAGGAAUGGGAAGCUCAGAAACAGAAGGAGGGAUGUUGGAAUGCGAUACUGGAAGUAUUGUUUGGGUCCGAAGGCGAAAUGGGUCGUGGUGGCCUGGGAAAAUAUUGGGGACUAAUGAGCUUUCAGCUUCUCAUCUGAUGUCUCCACGAUCUGGAACUCCAGUCAAGCUUCUUGGCAGGGAAGAUGCUAGUGUGGAUUGGUAUAACUUGGAGAAGUCAAAACGUGUCAAAGCAUUCCGUUGUGGUGAAUUUGAUGAUUGUAUUAAACGGGCUGAAGCUUCCCAAGGUAUGCCUCCAAAGAAAAGAGAGAAAUAUGCACGUCGAGAAGAUGCAAUACUUCAUGCUCUUGAACUUGAGAGGCUAUUGUUAGACAAAAAAUAUGGAGCAGGUUAUUCAUCCACUGAUAAGAACAAUAAAUCUACUGCUGAUUUUGUUGGAAGAGAGUCUGUAACAUCAUCAGAAUACCCAGAAAAUGGGAAUGGGAGACACACAGGACCCAAGUGCCAUCAAGUUUCUACUAAAUCUGUUGCCUCCCUCGAGGACAAGACCGCAUUAAAUAUUUCAUCCGAAGAGAUACCCAAAGAUCGAAAUCAAGUUAGUGGGGAUGUUGAUAAUUCUGGUGUACAUCCGAGAAUGAGAGGUUUACAAGAUUUUGGUCUUAGUACUGCUCCUUCAGACCAUAACCAUUCUCCAUCACUUGCUUUAAAUGAUACGGACCAACCUGUGCUUGAUAGCAGUGCUCAUGUUGUUCCUGAUGGGAGUAAUAAUGCAGAAGGCCUGGUUAAUGUUGAGAAAAGAAGCACAUUGGAGAAAAGGAAACCAUCAGAUGAAGCAUUGGUAGAAGAUGUCCUUGUCAAGAGACGCGAUAGGCGCCGCCCUCUUGCUCAUGUUUUGCAGAGUUCUGAAAAUUUGCCAGUUUCUCUCCCUCAGCCGGAGUCGGCUUCCAUUUCCACCUCUGGUACAGGAAAGGAGCUGCCUCGAGUUGAAUCACUUACAAAGAAUAGCAGGUUUAGGUAUCUGGCAGUUGAACCUAGCAACAAUUUAUGUGUUGACGAGAGUCAUCAAUCCCAGAUUGAAGGUCCAACAUUGAAGACUGAAGAUGACAAUUGUUCUCGUCCUGCUGUCUUGUGUGAACAGAAUGGUUCUGGAUCAACAGAGUUCACUGAAACUGAUUCAACUGAGUCAGAUUCUCUGGAAUCAGAUACCGAUGAUGAAUUGGCUACACUCUCAGAUGGUGCUGUAUCUAUAGAAUUAGAACCCAAAUAUGUUGGAAGAUCUGAAGCACUACCUGAACAUGGAAGCAUGAGCAGCGAGGAGGUUGAUGAUUUUACACUCGCAGAUGGCACUUCUCAUCCUUGUCAUCAGGAAUCUGCCUCUGCUGGUUUUGGGAUGUCUAAAUGGAAACUAAAAAGGAAAAGGAAUAACCGAAGUCUUAACAAGAGGCUAAGUGAUUCUUUUGAUGGAGAUCUUGCAAGGAGACCCAGUCAUAUGUCCGCUUUCAAAGAAAAGGGAGGUUAUGCUUGUCUUCAGGAUGAUGUGGUUGUAAAAUCCAGGGUGCAAAUGGCUGGAUAUGGAUCUAAAGCUCCUGGUAGAGCUAGCCGAAACAUGUUCAGUUUGGGGGAUUUGUCUUGGGAUGAUCAGCCUUCAAUUAGAGGAUACUGGGAGGAGGCUGACGAGUAUUUUGAUCCUAUGAAUAGCUACCGUCAUGUUGGUGGCAGGACCAUGCUGGUAGAUGUAGAUCUGAAAGUUCAGUCAAGCUAUCAGAGAGAACAUGUGCCUAUGAUUUCAUUGAUGAGUAAGCUAAAUGGGCAGGCAAUAAUAGGGCAUCCUAUCCAAGUUGAAACCCUUGCAAACGGUUCUACUGAAGGCUUCCUUGGGGAUAUUGAUAAUUGUCCAGAAACAUUGGAUUAUGAUACAUCACUCCAACCUACAUGGAGAACUGCUCGCAGGACUGCCAAUGUUCGUGUUCCAAGGCCACAUGUAUCAUCAGCACCGGAUAAUCCUGAAGGAAUCAAGCAUGUCCAGGGUUCUGAUCAUCACAGAAAUGUUCGAAAACCUACUGUACAGAAGGCAAGCACAACGAGGAAGGCCACUUCCCGGCCUCCCAUAGAGAGAACAUUUUCAAGAAAGCCGGGGAAAAAGGUUAGUUUAUCUUCUAACCAAAAGAUAAGGACGCUUUCUUCGAUAGCUUCACAGCAGAAACAAAGUAGUGAUUCCAACAGUUAUCUAGUGGACGGGGCACUCAAAGCAGAGACACUGCCAACUGUUGUAGCUUGCAUUCCGGUAAAGUUAGUCUUCAGUAGGUUGAAUGAGGAGUUAGUGGGCCGUCGUCCAUAAUAAUUUUGUAGCAGGGGCUAAAGGAAGGCAAUACAGACAAUAAUAUACAAGUAACAUGUAAAAUUUUACAAGAAAUAAUCUUUUACUUGCUAGUACAUCCAUCUCUUGCUAAUCUUUUUGUCCAGGCAAAUGCAGUCUCAUGUCCCCAGCUUGAAUGUUAAAGGCAAAGCGGGUAGGCUCUGCUUUGGGACUCUGUUUAGGAUGUUAACUUAGUUGUAUAUUGGGUUUCCUUAUGUAAUUUUUCUCUUUAGUUUUCAAGGUGUGGGAACGUGUGGUGCUCUGAGGUUGGGUAGGCAGGUUUUAGAUGUUUCGUAUAUAUGAGAUUAUGACUGUAAAUGUAAAACAGAAAUUAUGCAAUGACUUGGUGCCACAGACUUGGUGGCUUUAACUCUGCAA